AUGAACCCCAAUUGGAUGUCAUUACUGUCACCUGCUUCAAUAGCACUUUUUAAAGAUGAUUCGACGGAACCUCUUCAAACUCCGCUUGUUACUUCACAGGAAGUGCCGCUAGAAGCUUAUUCUUCGUGGAGUGAUUUGAAGGAAGCUGUUUUAGACGAAGACGAGUACGAAGAGGACGUU